AUGCAAAGGAGAAACCACCGCCAGACCUCCGAGCAGCCAGAGCCGCAUUCCCACUCUCACUCUCACUCUCAUUCGGUUUUUUCGCCAAGCCACUCGCAUGGAACUGAUUCAGCAGAGCGGAUCAUGGCCGCUUUUCGUGGUGCUGGCGACAGAGGGAGUCAAAUAACACUUGUUGGCUUGUUUGCCAACAUUGGCGAGUCUUAUUUUCGAGGUCUUACUGCUAUUAAAGGCGCAGCCGGAUACCUCACUCAUUCUGCAGCCUUGAUUGCGGACGCUGGUCAUUCUGCUAGCGAUCUCGUUGGCGAUUUGGUUACACUCGCUUGCUGGCGAAUAAGUCGCAGACCGCCAACAAACGCGUUCCCAUAUGGGUUCGCAAAAUUUGAAACCUUGGGCACCACAACAGUGAGCAUCUUCCUCAUUGCUGGCGCUGCUGGGCUAGGACUGCAUUCAUACCACUUGCUCCUCCACUCCCUCGUCGACACCUCACAAUCUCUGCCCACCGGACCCCUCCAAGAGGCCCUAACAAAUAUAACUUCUAUUGCACCAGCUCUCCAUACCCAUGGCCACGCCCAUUCCCACUCGCAUGGUGUCGAUCCCAAUGCCCUCUGGUUCGCUGCACUCGGGAUCCUCUCCAAGGAAUGGCUGUAUCGCAUAACCAAAUCCGUCGCCCAGCAGGAGAACAGUUCUGUUCUGCUCGCAAACGCCUACCAUCACCGCAGUGACUCGUAUGGUAGUAUGGUCGCCUUUUGUGCCAUUCUGGGGAAUUGGUGGUGGCCUGCUCUUCCACUAGACCCUAUAGGAGGUCUACUUGUUUCGCUCAUCAUCCUCCAAAAUGGUGCCUCCCUUCUGUUUGGUGCCUGGGGAGACAUAACCGAUGCCGGAAUACCGCCUAGCACACGAAAUGCAAUUAACGACGCCUUAACACCACUGCUGGCCUCUUCGCAUUCAUCUGAAAGCUCCCCAUCUCUGCUUGGACUGCGCCAUAUCCGCGGCCGUCGCGCUGGCUCCCUGAUUUUUGUUGACUUGACUGCUGAAGUUCCCAAGUCUCUUAGUGUGGAUGCCGCCAUUGCCCUCGAAGAGCAGAUGACUCAAACCUUGAAAGCUGCGCGAAAGGAAGUCGGCGAGUUGAGGGUCAGGUUCCACGUGGUCGACCAGUGA